GUUUGUUUCUGUUGUGUGUUGUUUUUGUUUUUGUCUGCCUUCAGACGACGUACGAGAAAACGGGAGUUAAAAUCUGAAAACUUGAAAUAGGAGCUCCUAAGAUGUUGUCAGUGGCUAAAGAGUAACUGUGUACUAUCAGUGCUAUUUCUCGUGACCGGGAGGCUUCUAAAAAUUCCGAUGGCUGGAUUGUGUUUCCCUAUUCGAUCAGUCCCUCUUUGCUGUCAUAACCUGAAAGCACUUAAAAGAAGCUGUCUGCUCAAUUUUAAUGUAUCCAAAGAACAUAUUGGUCGUCUUGAAAAUUAUUCAACGGAAUCUAAAAAAGCAAACCAGCCUGAUUUUGAAGAAAAGAAGAAAAAGUUUAGGGAACUAGAAGAUCAAUACCGAAAAAUGCUAUGUAUUGAAAACCUGACCACUGAGGAGAGGCGAAUACACGUCCUCCAUGCUGAGGCUGUUGCUAAAGGUCACUUUACUUAUGACGACCCAUGGUUAAACGAAAAAGUUUUGACACGCCUUCGACAUUAUCUCAAGGGAAAAUGUUGUGGAAAAAGCUGUAGACAUUGCAUAUAUGAGCACAGUAGUGUGGUAGAUGAAAAGCAAAAGGCAAGAGCGAGAUUUAACUCGUCAUUCUGGGUGUACGACAAGGAGGAAGAGGAUGAUGUGACUGCAUUUGAUGAGCAGCAUGUUGUGACUUAUGGCAGAGGUCCAUACCCAAGGAAAUAUGCAGAGAAUGCUCCUGAGAACAUGAUUAAGAUACCUAUCAAGCCUUGAUCUAUGUAGUUUGCCAAUUGGUAAUAAGAAAUCAUGAUAAGAAAUGUUGUAAAUUACGUAAAUGCCAAGGUGCAAUCUCAAACUAUUUGAGCUACCUCCACGUUAAAAUGUGUUCUUCAUUAUUGUGUUUUAAAGGAUAGUAUAUGGUCAAGUUAACAUUAAUUGUGGUAGCAUAGUUUAUAGUUCUACAACAAACUGUGAUGUAAAGUAAGCACUAAAAAAAUAUUAAUAAAUGGCGUUCUUACCUGCCAUAAGUAA